AACAGAUUCGUCCCAGAAGAACUCUCUGUGAAGAAGAAGAAGAAGAAAGAUGGAGAAGAAAUCUCAGAUUUCGUCAACGGAAGCUGUUUUCCUUGGAGCUCUAGCUCCAGGCGUUAAUGGUCCAACAUGGAACACAUUGAGAUUCGCGUUUCUGCUACUGGGUCUAUGUCUAGCUUUCAUGCUCUCUGUAGCUUUCACCAGUGGCCAAUCAAUGUUGCUUGUUCAUGUUGGCUUUCUCAUUGUUAUCGCAUCUACUCUCUUUAUCCUCCUCAAUUGGUUUCUUGCUCAGACAGGCUUAGUACAAGUGGAAACACAAAUGCAGGAGCUGAAUUUGUUACCGAAUGAUAAAACCAAAUGAUCAUGGUCACACCGGUAGAAGCAGACGCUUGUGUAACAGAACAACAGUUAACAACAGAUAUAUCAAGCAAAUAUGAGGACUGGAUUGGUACAACAAGAAGAUCCAGUUUCUAUUGUUGGUACAUAGCAUUUACUUUCUCAUUACUCUUCCUUAGUUCUCCUGUCUUUUGUUGUUUUCUUUCUUUGAUUUGAGAAGACAGCCUUCAUCGUGAUCAGGAUUUGAUUUGCUCAAUUCUCCAACAUUAGUUUCUCUGUUUUGGUUUGUACCUGCUUUUAGGAAGCUAUUCCAGACUAAGUUUAUACCUCCCAUGUAAAAAGAGGAUUAUUAUUGUAUAAAGAUUGUUCUCAUACUUACACUUGUUUAUAAUGGUCUCAAGGCUAAUCUCAUAUACAUUCCUCAAGAAA